AUGCGUAACGGUCUUGAUAUAAAAACGUUAUCCGACGUGAAGGAAAAGGUCAAGCAUGAGAAGAGGACGCAUUGUUUGGUGCUGAACAAAUACAAAGUGAAUGACCUGCUGAAAAAUAAGGAUGCGAAAAUUUGGUUCCUAAACGUCUUUCGGUUCCCUUCUGUGCUGAAGCCCAGGGAGUACCAGGGGUGCCUCAUCGAGGCGGGGCACUAUGACGGGGAAGUCCUCCGCUUUAUUCAUUCAUACGUGGAGAGGCUUGGGGGGGGAGGCGACCAGGUCAGCGCCAAGGCGAACGGAAAGAUGUGCGGUCAACUGCCCGACCAAGUGAGCGAUAAAUUGUCCAACCAGGUGAAAGAACAGAUGACCUGCCAAAUGACCCGCCAGAUGACGAACCAUACGAACGACUCUCAGACAGAUGCUUCUCUAGCAGACUCAUCAGUAGCGGACUACAGGCUAAUUCCACUGAACGCGCGGUUCAACAGAGCCCUGCAGGAGUUGAUGCAACGCGAAGGGAAGGACGUCGUAGAGGGAGUCGACAUGCGCCCGGAAGAGGGGGAUGAGCAGGACGGCGUUGCUGAGGAGGACAAUGCUGCCGAUGGCGCUGCUUCGGAGGGCGAAGGGGAAACCCCGAGGGGCCCUAAGGAUGCGCUCUCACCCCCCCUGGACAAACUCUUCCGAGUUAUAAAAAGAGAAGGCAUCCAAGUGCGAAUCAUUCAGCUGCAGUUUGGUUACGAAAACAUGAAUACGUCGGAAAUAUUGAGGAAGGUCUUCCCCUCGGAGAGUGAAGUCAUCCACAAGUAUGAAAUGGUCGGACACAUAGCUCACAUAAAUUUCUGCGAACGAUUCGAAAAUCAUAAAAAAAUAAUUGCAGAAAUAAUCCUGGAUAAAAAUAAAAGCAUACGAUCCGUUAUCAAUAAAAAGGAUCCUCUAAAUAAUGUCCAUAGGACAUUCAAUAUAGAGUUAUUGGCAGGAGAAAAAAACUACCUGACCAUGCUGAAAGAAAAUGAUAUCAAAGUAAAGCUUAAUUAUGAAUUAAUCUAUUGGAAUUCGAAAUUAAAAAAAGAGAGAGAUCGAAUAUAUGACCUUGUUGAGAAGAACUCCAUAAUAGUGGACCUCUUUGCUGGGGUGGGAAUAUUCAGUCUACACCUCAGUAAAAAAAACUGCCUCUGUUUUUCUAACGAUAUUAAUCUGCAUGCUUAUAAUUUUAUGAAUGUUAAUAUUAAACUGAAUAAACGGAAGAGUAUCCUUACGUACAACUUGGACGCCAGGACGUUUGUCCAGAUGCUGCUUCGGUUGGACAUCUUCUCAUGUAACACAUCCACUUUGACAAUGGAACUAAGUGAGCAGAAUUGGAGAAACAUCUCGCUCGAUUUUGUGAACUCUGCGGAUGAUAACCAUGCUGAUUCCGGAAAGAGGAAGAACCGGGGAAGUGAUCCAGAUUGCCACGUGAAUGACACCCCCCCCGCCGACGCCGCCCAUGACGAGAAAAAGAAACACACACAUGGUGAUGCAAAUGGCCCAUUAGGGGAACGACGCCCCGUGGGGUUAGCAGAUACUCACACAGGGGAGGAAGUCCACCCAGAGAGAACCAAAAAGGAUGAGGAAAAGACCAUAGAAGAGGCACCAACAAACGAAACGCACAAAGUGGACAUUAACCUCAGCCUCUACGGAGAUGUCCAUGUGCUCAUGAAUUUGCCGCAAACAGCCUUCGAAUUUUUGGAUGUCUUUCGGGAACUUCUUCAUCUAUACAGCACCGAUCAGAAGGAUCCCCAGGGAAGAUGCCGGCGAGACCAAAUGAGGAACAUCUUUAUACACUGCUACUUCUUUUCCAAGCCUGAACUCUUUUACGAGCACGCUGAGAGAAACAUACGGAUGCAGCUCAGGGGCCUCCCUCGCGAGAUGAAGAUUACGGAGAUUAGGAAGGUCUCCCCCAGCAAGCUCAUGUACGUGGCGGAGUUCAACCUGAAGGAGGUCUUUUCGCAGGGCGUCCAGUUUGACUGA